AUGCCGCGCGUGAAAAAGGAGGUGAAAAGCGGGAAGCGGAACAAAGAAAGCAGAGAGGAUAGUGAUAGAGGAAAAAAGGUGGAAGACGGGAAGAUGGAUAGCGGAGAGCUGAGGAAAAUUAGAGAGGAAUUGAGAGGAAUAAGAGAAGGUAUAGUGGACUUGGUGGGGUUAUGGAGGAGUUGGAUAGAGAAAGAGGAAAGACAGGGGAAAACUGGAGAGGAAAGAGAACAGAAAAAGAGCAGAGGGGAAGAGGAGACGGAGGGACAAGAAGAGCAGGGAUCAACAGAAGAGAAGGUUGGAAGUAGAGAUUUCAAGAGAAGAGGAAGCGGAGACGAGCAGAGGGACAGCAAGGAGAGGAAGGAAGAGGAGAGAAGGAGGAAGGUCACUGAGGGGGAAGGAGAGGUAAAGGAGAAGGAGAUAAAAGGUGAGAGGAGGGAAGAAGAAGCGAAGAGCAAGGAAAGGAGGUCAGAUGGAGGGGAGGGGUUGAGGGUCAGAGGAGAGAAAGACAAGGAGAGGAGGGAAGAGAUGAACGAGGUGACAGAAGAGAUGAUGGAGGAGUGGUGGAGAGAGGUGGAGGCGGAGGAGGAGAGGCUGUGGAAGAGAAAGGCAGAAGGAGAGGAGAGAAGGAGAGAGGAGGAAGAAGAAAGAGGGAUGACGCUGAAGAAGUGGCAGAAGGACAUAGUAAAGGAAAAAAGGGAAAGUGAAUGGAGAGAGAUACAGAGGAAGAAGAAUGGGCAGAAGGUGACAGAAGAAGGGAGGAGUAGGAAGGAGGGAAGAGAGGAGCCAGAGCAAGUCAAGAGGGGGGAGGAUUGGGAGAAGAGGACAGAUAGAAGGAAGGAGAUGGAGGAGAGGACGAGGAGCAGACUGGAGGAGAGAGAGAGAGUCACGCAGAAGGAAAGAAGGAGGGCAGCAGGAGAAGAAGAGGACAAAAGGAGAAGGGAGAAGAAUGUAGUAUGGAGAGGGGUAGAGGGGGAGGAUGGAGAGGAGAGAAGGUUCUUUGUAGAGGGCAUCAUGGAGCGGGUGUUGGGAAGGAGGGUGACAAUAGACAGGGUGGAAGAAAGGAAGGGGGAGGGGGGAAGAUGGGUACUAAUUACAGAAAUAGUAAGAGAGGCGGACAGGGAGGAGAUUCUAGCAAGGGGAGGGGAGGUGAAGGGGACAUGGGGAGUGGGAGUAGAUGAGGACCUGUCAAUGGAGGAGAGAAGGAUGAGGUGGAGGAUGGUGGAAGCGGCGAGAAGGGAGAGGGCAAAGGGAAGGAAUGUGGUGGUAGCGAACAGAGGGCUGUGGGUGGAUGAGAGGAGAUGGAGUUGGGAUGAAGAGGGAGGUGGCAGACAAACAGAGGAGAGGGAAGGAGAUUGGACGAAAGGAGUAUGGAAUAAGGAGCGAGAGUGGAGAGAAUACAUCCUUGGACAUGGAAAUGAGAGAAGACUCGGAUAG